UGGAACGACUCUACUCAUUUGUGUGUGUAUAUAUGUGUGUGUUUAUGAUUGUUGUCUACUUAUAACGGGGAAACAAAAGCAAUCCUAUGAUUUCUAUCCACUUUCAUUAAAGGUAAACACUUAUCCACAUCAGAUCUUUAUGGCUGUCCAAGUAGAACCGAAACUUCCUAUCAUUCAGUUCACAGAUGAAAAUUUGAUGGCUGGAACAAGCUCAUGGAUAUCAACGUCCCGAGAAAUCCGACGUGCCCUGGAAGAGUACGGCUGCUUUGCGGCGGGGUACAAGAAAGUCUCGCCGGAGCUCCGGGAAGUCAUGUUUGAUCACUGCAAGGAGUUGUUCCAACUUCCUUUGGAAACUAAACUCCAAAAUACUUCCAAUGUUUUUGGGUUUGGCUAUGGUGGUAAUUUCCCUAACAUGCCUCUUGCUGAAUAUUUUGGCAUUGAAAAUGGUACAACUCUUGAUUCAACCAAGAAUUUUGCUAAGCAGAUGUGGCCAAACGGUAACGUCGAUAAAUUUUGUGAAGAAACCCUUUCAUAUUCUAAAUUAAUAGCUGAACUUGACGAUGUGGUGAUUCGAAUGAUGUUGGAAAGCUAUGGCUUAGAGAAAUAUUACGACCCUCUAAAACAUUCGUGUAUGUAUUUGAUGAGAUUCAUUAAAUAUCGUAGCCCAAAAAUGAAUGAAAUAAACAUAGGUCAUUUGCCUCAUAGAGAUAAGUCAUUUAUGGGGAUUAUUGACACUAAUCAAGUGGGAGGUUUGGAGAUGCAAACAAGAGAUGGCAAGUGGAUGACUUUUCAUCCUUCCUCUUAUAAGGCUGUCGUCUUCAUAGCUGGUGAGCCGUUCACGGCAUGGAGCAAUGGUAGGGUGUAUGCUCCGAUACAUCGAGUGAUUAUGAAAGGAGCUGAAGAUAAAUAUUCACUGGCAUUAUUCUCCUUUAUGAAAGGGACUGUGAAAGUACCAGAGGAGCUGAUUGAUGAAGAGAAUCCACAACAUUUCAAGUCAUUUGAUCACUUUCAAUUUUUGAAAUAUUGUGCAACAGAUGGCUUGAAAGAGAAAAAUCAUAUCAAAGCCUAUUGUGGUAUUUGAGCCUUUGCAUAUGCUUGAAUAUUUAUGAUACAGCACUUCAUUUUAAGUUGUUGUUCUUGUAAUUUCGUGGUGUUUUCUACCUUCUACUUUCAGCUUCGUUAAACUAUGUAAAAACGUGGGCAUAUAGUACUAGAUAUGUCUGUAUACGUAAAUAAAAUAAAAUUGAGUGUUUAGCUCUUUC